GUGGCAAUCGCGUUGCCCGGCGCGUCUCCCCACAUUUGCUGGUUGCUCCACUCUUUCCCUGUAGUCUACUUGCACUCGAGUGCAUCUGCUGGUCACUAUCUCCGACUGAGCCAUCGCCGACCGAACCAUCGCUAACUAUGGCCGACGAUGAAUGCGCCAACCCGCUCCUUCUUGGGUUUCUGAAGGACUGGUAUGAUACCGCAAGCAAACAAAACUCCAAGGGAAUUACUACGUAUUUAUAUAUUCAUCGCAUCCCUAGAGUCAACCCAAUUUUAACAAAUUUAUAGCUACAGAAAUGCAUAUGAAGCUAUGAGAGCAUGCCCGAUACCCUUUCAACACCCUAGCGAAGCGAUCCAACUCAAAGGCCUUGGACCAGUUCUCUGUGAGAGACUAACACAAGCCCUGAAACUCUAUUGUGAGGCCCAUGGCCUCCCGAUGCCGAAAAAGGCAAAACGGCGUUAGAUUCCCACCCACUCAUGUCCGUUGAUUUGGUUAAAAGAUCUGAUAGACGUCUCAAAUAGGCCGCGCCCGUAGUGACUUGGAUAGAGAGGAGAACGCCGAUGGAGAAGGGGUAGGAGCUGCCCCACCUCCAAAGAAAAAACGCCCAACCAAAGCCUAUAUCCCCAAGAAACGCACCGGUGCAUAUGCGCUCCUAUACGCCCUUUACAAGGGCGAUGGAGACAUGCUCACUAAAACGGAGCUCAUCGAUCGAGCGAGGCCGUACUGCGAUACGUCUUUCGAUGCUCCGGCUGAGGCGGGAAAGUUUUACACUGCCUGGGCCUCCAUGAGGACACUCAUAAGCAACAACUACGUAUACUUCAGUGGCAAUCCAAAGAGGUAUAUGUUGACAGAAGGAGGGGAGGAGGUUGGGAGGGGGAUUAUGGCCGCCGAAGAGGAAUUGAGUGAAGGUGUCGGUGACACCGAUGGCCGUUUUGGGGAGGAGGCUCAGGUCGGAGGUCCUACGACUAGAGGAGGUGCGGCCGCUUCAGGUAGCGUCGCCAACUCGAGAUCCGGGAGGACCCCUGCACAAGCCGUACGUGAUACUUGGGACGGGGACGGAAGUGAGGAUAGCAGUGAUGUAGCCCCGCCACGUCGUCGGUGCCGGCCUGCUCAAGGACGUGAGGAGGAUAAUAGACCUACCUUGCGGAGAAUAUCAGAAGAGCCAGAGAUUAAUUCUAGGGCACCUGAGGGUAGCUUUGAGCUCGGUGAUUGUGCAGCUACGCUUAGGAGGAAUUCCAUGCGGUCUACUCGGAACACCGGACCAACCAACGAUGGGGGACGCCUCCCAGUAGUUCCGUCGAGAUCUCGGACAACAUCCGUAGCUCCAUUACCUCGCACUUCCAACGAAAUUGACUUGACAAUCUCCCCAGAGCACCCUCAAGUUGCUGUCCUAACACAGAGGAGCAAGUCAAGCGCCAAUAUUCCAACCGUCUCACGUAGGGAAAACCACAAAGUUGGAAAUAUUACGUCCCGAGCGUCAUCAAUUACAUCAAUCGAUUGUGGUGCACCCGGAUCAUCACGGCCGCAAUCCCGUGCGGGCUCCAUAACUGCCUCCCAUGCUGCUCCUGGUAGCAGGCCCACAUUUCCUGACUUCGCGCCCGAAAUAGUAAAGGCCGGAUCGUUCACCGUUCAUUUGCUCCUGGACAACCGGGAGGUUCGCACGAAAAAUGACCGCGACUAUAUUCAAGACAAUCUCAAGGAUUGCGGCAUAAACCCAAUCACACGACCACUCCAGGUUGGAGACGCGAUGUGGAUCGCCUGCGAGAAGGGCGGUCGUAAUCGUGAAAUCGUUUUAGAUCACAUUGUCGAACGGAAGAGACUUGACGACCUAGUAUCUUCCAUCAAGGAUGGACGGUUCCAUGAGCAGAAGUUCCGGUUAGCGAAGAGUGGUUUGAAACAUGUGACCUAUAUUAUCGAGGAUUUCACACUUAAAGAGGCCGACAGAACAAUGCAAGACGCUAUGGAUACCGCCAUCAGUUCCACGCAGGUUGUCAAUGGAUUUUUCGUCAAAAGGACAGGCAAACUGGAUGACACCAUACGAUAUCUAGUUAGAAUGACAAAGAAAUUAGCAAAAGAGUAUGAGGUAAAAACUACCCUCGUUCAUAUCCCGACGUACCCUCCUAACCGGCCUCGCAGACCAAAGAUCUAAACUUGAUCCCAGACAACCUCCUUGACUCGAGUACAUAUCAAGCCCUUCGCAAGCACCUAAGCGACAAAUUCCCGGAAAAACAGUUCAACAUAAAUUACUCCAUUUUCUCAACCUUAGUCUCUAAGAGUGCCAGCCUGAAUCUCAGAGACGUAUACUUGAAAAUGCUCAUGUGCGUCCGGGGCAUCAGUUUGGAGAAGGCGCUCCAAAUUCAAAGGGCAUACCCCACCCCCAUCGAACUAGUCGAGGCUUAUGAGCGGUGUGCGAGUGAGGACGAGAUGAAGGAGAUGAUCAUGAAGCAGUUUGCAAGCGCACUUGGCAGGAAAAAGGUCGGACCGGCUAUCUCAGCAAAGGUCGCAGAGGUAUGGACUGGGGUUGGAGCUCAGGGGGGUCCCGAGGAGGCCGAAGAUAGUGAUUAGGUAGAGCCAGUGGCGGCUCUCUCCUCACGUUAUUUCUUGUUGUAGAGUAUGGUUUGGUAUCUUCAGUUGACAAUGGGCUCUAGUAUCUCCGCUUUUCCUCAUUCACUGUAUCUGGUCCAUGAAUCCUAAGGAGCUUUCCUCUCAUAAUCCCUUACGGGUGUUAUGCCCUCCUAUUUUUAGAGGCACAAGGUUGUCAGCAGUUUAUAGCCACUGCCGGUAGUUCAAAUAAGGAUGUCGAGUGUGG